CUUUAACUCAGUUACAUGUUAGCUUUGACAUUUGACAAUUAUUGUCUCUAUCUCUCUCUCGAUCUCCCGAGCUUCAACAUUGACGAGCAGAAAUCAUGGUUUUGUUUUCCGAUGGUCGCUCAACUUCCACCCACAAAAGGUACAGACGGUUGUCAUGGUUCGUGCCAAUCCACAGUUUCCAUGAAAUUACCAGACGUGAUCUAGGCCAAAACUUGCACAACCACGUGGAGACUUACGUGGAGCCCAGUAAGAUCGAAGUAAAAGAAGAAAAGCCAAGAGAGACACGAGAAGAAUGGGUGAUCUCGAUCAAGGACAAGAUGGAGAAAGCACUUAGUUACGACGCAACAAAUAGCUGGGACAAGCUCUGUAUCUACAGAGUUCCUUUCUAUCUUCAAGAGAACGACAAGAAGUCUUACUUACCUCAAACUGUCUCUAUUGGUCCGUACCACCAUGGAAAGGUACACCUCAGACCCAUGGAGCGUCACAAAUGGCGAGCGGUCAAUAUGAUCAUGGCACGUACCAAGCACAACAUUGAAAUGUAUAUUGACGCCAUGAAAGAGCUCGAGGAGGAGGCUCGUGCUUGCUACCAAGGUCCCAUUGACAUGAAGAAUAGUAAUGAGUUCACAGAAAUGCUUGUUCUUGAUGGUUGUUUCGUUCUCGAGCUCUUCAAGGGAACAAUUCAAGGAUUCCAGAAAAUUGGAUAUGCACGUAACGACCCGGUUUUCGCUAAGCGAGGAUUGAUGCAUUCGAUUCAACGUGACAUGAUAAUGUUGGAAAACCAACUUCCUCUGUUCGUUCUCGACCGGUUAUUAGGGCUACAAACCGGUACACCGAACCAAACGGGUAUAGUGGCAGAAGUAGCUGUUCGGUUCUUCAAAACACUAAUGCCAACUAGCGAGGUGCUGACCAAAUCAGAAAGAUCGUUAGACUCGCAGGAAAAAUCCGAUGAAUUGGGUGACAAUGGCGGGUUGCACUGUUUGGAUGUGUUCCAUCGAAGUCUCAUCCAAUCUAGUGAGACAACUAAUCAAGGGACUCCAUAUGAGGAUAUGAGCAUGGUGGAAAAGCAACAACAAUUGAUACAUUGCGUGACAGAACUAAGAGGCGCAGGUGUUAACUUCAUGAGGAAAGAAACCGGCCAGCUUUGGGACAUUGAAUUCAAAAACGGUUAUCUAAAGAUACCGAAACUACUAAUCCAUGAUGGUGAGUUAACCGGUUUUUUCUUCUCUACUUUUCUAUUAGUUCCUCACAAAUUUUUACUAUCCAUUAUCUUUAAGAUCUUACAGUUUGACAAAGAAUAUAUUUGUUACCAAAACACUGUGGUCUCACUUGUUUCUUGUAGGUACCAAGUCUCUUUUCUCAAAUCUUAUUGCUUUCGAGCAGUGCCAUACACAAUCAAGCAACAACAUAACAUCCUACAUAAUCUUCAUGGAUAAUCUAAUAAACUCUUCUCAAGAUGUUAGCUACUUGCACCACGACGGUAUUAUUGAGCAUUGGUUAGGGAGUGAUUCUGAAGUUGCAGAUUUGUUCAACCGGUUAUGUAAAGAAGUGAUCUUUGAUCCAAAAGAUGGGUAUCUAUCUCAACUGUCUCGUGAAGUUAACCGUUAUUAUAGUCGUAAGUGGAACUCGUUGAAGGCUACUCUAAGACAAAAGUACUUCAAUAACCCUUGGGCAUAUUUCUCCUUUUCAGCUGCAGUUAUUCUGCUAUUUCUCACAUUCUUUCAAAGCUUCUUUGCUGUCUAUGCUUAUUAUAAGCCACUCUCUUAGUUUUCAUUUUUUUUUUUCAUUUUAUUUACAAUAUUUGUAUUUCUUGUUUUUUCAAUAUUUUCUAUUCAUAAUUAAAAA